AUGGCCAAUGACGUCCUUCGUCUGUCCAACUAUCCAUCAGAAUCAUAUCGCAAAACCCUCUCCCCGUCUCAACUAGCUGCACUCUACCAAACGAUCGCAUCGACGUUAGGAUCCGUACUCGCUCUGCCUCCGGAAAAACGCGAUACAAGCUCUGCACGGUCUUUUGUUUCCACCUUCGCGAAGGAUGUAGCUUUUCAGACCCUACAGGGUCUGAUCUGGAAGGACGAGAACGCGACUCAAGCUCAAUCCACAGACGAGAAGACAAUCCGAAAACGAAGUCUCCUGCUAGCAGAAAAGCUGGCGUCGUCCCCAGAGUUGGACGUGCAGACCCUCCUCGACCUAGCCAUCGUCUAUUCACGCACAAAUCCAUCGCGUCUCCAGCCCGUAUUCGCUGCUGCAGCCAAAUCCGACCCUUCUCUAUCCAAAUGUAUCGCCGACGACCUCGCCCCCGGGUUCACACUCCUCCUUCAGCAACAACGACCCAGCGCGCAAGGACUCUACGCCCAACGCAAAGUGGCCGAAUGCAUUAUCUCCUUCCUUCGCGGAGCGAAGCGUACCCCAGAGCUCCUUCGCCCUUUCGCACAGAACAAAGAAUUUAUCCUCGCUCUCGCAUCGUUAUAUGGCACCGGAAUGACUGCAAUCGCUAUCUCCUACGGAGGGAUUCCUGCCCUGAACGCUGGUAUCGCGGCCCAGGAUCGUGAGGCGGACGAUUGGGAGCGGAUUUGGGUGGAGACGAAAGUUGCCUUGUUGGAUGCCUUUCACAUCAUUCUUACGACUCUCUUGGAUGACUUGGCGGCGUGCUCUGCAGGUCCAAGGUUGGCGGUGGAGGCAGAGCGGACGUUCGAUACACUUUUUGCACUGUUGGAGGUGCCUUCGAGCUCAUCAUCUACACCACCCACACCGUUCCUCAACCAGUCGUUGCUGGCGGACUAUCAGCACUCUUAUUCGCUUUCCAAGACGCUCGCAUCGGCGCUGAAGCACGCUGAAGAGAAGGACGUACGACUUGAUCUUCUGGAGAGCACAUUGCAAUCAUUCGACAAUGCAGAAGAGACUUCCGGAGGCCCAAAGAAUGCAGGCGCGCUCAAGAUCCUCCUCCGCUCGUCUGGAAUUCAACCGGGCAUCGACCACCUCGGAACGCGCAACUCCAACUCCAAAGCUCAACCCGCCGUAACAUCGUCCUCUACCCAUGUAGUUGAUAGCAAAGGCAAGGGCAAAUCCCGCGCCCCAGCAGGCGGGGCGUCCCUAGAUGCCAUCCUCUCCGAUCCAGACCUCGAGAUCAAGGCCACGCAGGUGCUGGAUAUCCUCCCCGACACACCUGUCGACUACGUCAAGCUUCUGCUCGCACAUGAUCGGUACGGGCGGAACCCCGAGAAGGUCGUGGAGGCGCUCUUGGAGGGUACGGCGAUGGCUCAGGAAGACCUCGAAAGGGAUCUGAGUGGCGAACAAGAGGCGUGGGAUGGCGGUGCUGUGAAGGAAGAGAUACUUGAGUAUAGUGUCGAGCAGAGGCGGAACGUAUUUGAUGAUGAGAAGCUGGACGUGUCGCGGUUGAGGGUUGGCAAGAAGUCUGCGGGAGAUGAGGUCCUCCGAGAUCACAGCUUCAUGGAACAGAUGAAAGCCGACAUCCUGCGGCGCGCGGAAGCACUCUCGGACGAGGAAGAGGAAGAGUAUGACCCCUUUGCCAACGAGACCUCUAAGGGCAAGGGUAAAGAAAACCCAGCUGAUGGAGGCUCGGUCGCUGGGGAUCAGGGACCAGAUGAUGAUGAGGAUGUAGUCAAGGUUCGUCUUGCCGGAGACGGAGAAGAUAGUGGUACAAGCGAUGAGGAGGAGGAGGAAGAGAAGGAGGAAGUGCAAACGCCGGAGACGCUCAUCGAGUUGGCGUACAUUCGGGAUCCGAAGAAUACCAUCUACUCAGGUUGGGCAGACGAGCAGAUCGAGGGUUGGAAACUCAUGCUCGAACGAACACCUGGCCGCAAGGAAAAGCUUAUGGAGAAGCAUGCUUUCACGGGCAACCAAAAAGGCCUGGAAAUUGCGUCUGGUUCUGGAAGUGGCGGACGAGGAAGAGGAAGAGGUGGUCCGCGUGGUAGGGGUGGUCCUGGCCAGCGAGGGCGAGGCGGAGGAGGCGAUGGAGGAACUGCGCGAGAACGGGCAUGGAAGGACAAGAAUAAAGCUAGUCGCGGGAAUCAUAAUCGCAAGCGGGGGCACGACAAGAAGAUGGCUCGUGCCGGAGCUGGUCCCUCUACUUAG